AAGUUUUCGAACAUUUGAUUGGAGUACUAAAUUGUCUUAUAACCGGAUCACCCACGAGUGUUUACAGUGGAGAUCGAGUUACGCAAGCCAUAAAAAUGGACCUUUCCGACCCCAGAAGAUAUCGCAUACCACAUAAUCGGAAUGGACAUGAGAUGGCGCAGUGAACUUCGUCUCAAGUGAUGAACAAAGGACUCCGUCACAAUGUUAACGGACGAGUCCCGAUUGAACUACUCUGUUACCAACUACAGCGAUCCACCAUUCCUCGAUGAUCCAAGAUUUAUAUCGCUAUUAAAACAUAGGGGAUACAACCACAGUGCCAGUUUUGGAGAAGUAUUAAAAGCACUCAAUGAUUGGAAGAGCAGAUACAACAUUUCAGUUUACAAAGAAUGCGACAGGUUCGAGUAUUGCUCUGGAGACUUCAGAGAGUUGAUUUUGGCGUACAACAGUAUUCAUGGAUAUGUCAGUUUGUUGGUAUGCCUGUUCGGUAGUUUGGCCAACAUUCUCAAUGUAGCAGUUCUGACGCGGCGGGACCUAGCGGCAGUUCCCAUCAACCGGCUGCUGAAGUGGCUGGCGGUGGCCGACGUCUUCGUCAUGAUGGAGUACGUGCCCUUCGCCAUCUACAGAUACCUGUUGCUGCCCGGCCAGCAAGACUACCCGUACUCAUGGGCGGUGUACAUGCUGUUCCACAUGCACUUCACGCAGAUUCUUCACACGGCCUCCAUACUUCUCACGCUGUCUCUCGCUGUGUGGAGGUACCUGGCGAUCAAGUACCCUUCAUACAGCGCGUCUCUGUGCACGGACCGCCGGUGCACCGCCGCGAUUCUUGCGAGCUUUAUCCUCCCGCCCAUACUGUGCAUACCUUCGUACUUUGUGUUCACAAUCCACAAUGACUUCACUGUGGACCAGUCUGGGACCAUUCCUACGAAGGUGUACUACGUGGACUCAGACUACGAUGGGACUCUGUACCAGAUCAACUUCUGGGUGCAUGGUGUACUCAUCAAGCUGUUGCCGUGUGUCAUCCUGACGCUGAUCAGUGCUUGGCUCAUUCGCGCGCUGUACCGAGCUAAUAGCAGGAAGAAAGCUUUGAAAGGGUAUAACGCCUGCCCAACUAUAGUGAACGGCAAUGCUAAAAAGAACGUGUUCACAAGGAAGUCUACGAAGAGAUCGAAGGCUGAGCGGCGCACCGACCGGACCACCAAGAUGCUGGUCGCGGUGCUCCUCCUGUUCCUGAUGACGGAGUUCCCGCAGGGUAUAUUAGGUCUUCUAAGCGGAGUGCUCGGGCGUUGCUUCUUCAAGCGUUGCUACGAUCUCUUCGGGGAGAUGAUGGAUGCACUGGCCCUCCUCAACGGGGCCAUCAACUUCGUCCUCUACUGCUCCAUGUCCCGCCAGUUCAGAACCACUUUCGGGCACAUGAUCAGGAAUAGGUGUGCUCCUACACCAAGAGCAAGUUCCACCACAGAACUGCAGACGACUUACGUGUGACUAAAAAAGUGUCGCAGAAGUGUGACGCAGCAUUUUUUGUGAAGUUUCCGAAUUUUCCGAUCAAUGUGUGAUACAUUGCAUCCUGGACUUCUAGGAGAAGGCAGAGAGAGCGAACAAUGUCUGUGAUGUAUUUGACAUCACAGUCAGUUUGUUUUUUUUGUUCAAAGAGGCCAAUGUUAUCGUUUAAAGACUUUUAAGAUAAAGAGACGGUUUUCAAGAUGUGGAACAUGCAGAUGUUGAUUCUUUAUACGUAUCUUGUUAUCGUAUAAAGCUUUCAUCCUAGAUAAUGCUCGACUAUUGUAUAUGACAAGCAGGAAAUUGGUGCCGUUCUGAAUCUUUAUGAUAAAGAUUUUUAUAUUAUUAUUAAAUCUAUCAGGCACCUACGUAAAUCCAGCUGCGCUGCUUGACAGCAAGAAAAUUGUUUUCACUUUUUAAUGGUGACAAAUUAAUCUUCGAAUGCUAAUAUUGGCAUUGUUUGAGAAGCCCUGUACAAUUGGAAAUUAUGAAUGUUUAUAAAUAAGGAAAAUUGUAUAAAAUGUCUAAAAUUAAGAUACAAUUAUGGCGUCGAUUGCAAAAUGUUGAUGCGAGUAAAAUAAAAGAAUGUCCGUCUGAUUGAUAAACAAUAAUGAAAUUAACAUUGCUCUCAAGAUACAAUAAAAAUAGGGUCCCGUUUUUACCCUUUGAGUAGGGAACCCUAAAAAGCUUAGUAUGACGCCUUUAGGCAAAGUGUGUCAAGAAGUGUAAAUUGAAGAAAUAAAUUUAUGCUUCGCAACAAAAUAAAAUAAUUGUUCAAUGUAUUACUAAUUUAAUUAUGACGUAUAUUUUUGAUUUGUGCUUUAAAACUGGACUCAAGGAAAUUAAAUGUAAUUUCUUGAUUAUACAGUUUAUUUUGUUACUCAUAUAAAUACACAA